AUGUCGAGUACAUCCCCAAUUAUUCUCGUCCUGGGGUCAGGGCCCAACGUUGGACAACAUGUGGCUCGUGCAUUCGCCUCGCGAGGCUACAGAGUAGCUCUUACUUCGAGAAACCCCUCUGAAAAGAACGGCACUGAACAACUGCACAUUCAGAGUGAUCUUUCUAAUCCAGACUGUGUGAGCGAUGUUUUUUCCAAAGUCAAACAAAGCCUGGGUAUUCCGAGUGUCGUCGUGUAUAAUGCUGCGGCUGCGACCCGUAAUGAUGCGGAAAAUCCGUUAUCUCUCUCGCAGGCCGAUUUUAUUCGCGACUUCAAUGUCAAUACCGCAAGUGUCUUUGCAGCUGCCAAACUUGCAGCUAUUGGGUUUUCAGAGCUUCCCGAUACCGCCUCGAAGACGUUUAUAUAUACUGGAAAUAUACUCAACACUACUAUCAUCGCCCCGCUUUUGUCCCUUGGGGUAGGGAAGUCUGCGACGGCACAUAUCAUUCAUUCAGCCGCAGCUGCCUAUUCUGAUCGUGGCUUCAAGUGCGUUUUCUUUGACUCUUUGAACAUCGUCAUAAUUGCUAAUGUAGAAACUCCAGAUUUUACUAUGCUGAUGAACGCAAACCUGAUGGAACUCCAGCCUAUGGGGAUAUUGACGGACAAGCGCAUGGCGAAUUCUACAUUCACCUCGCCGGCCGAAAUUCACAAGGUCCUUGGCAGCAGACUUUUGUCAAGGAUAUCGGUUACAAAAGGUUUCCAGAUCAAUGAACUUUGUGAAUACUAG